GUUUCGCUCACUUCCUCUAGGUGCUCUAUAGCCAAGCGAUCGGCCAUCUUGGAUCCAGCCAUCAGAUUUUUGUUUUACUCUGGAGCAACUGAGCCUGCAGCAGAGUGGACAUGAUAGGGAGACGGUGCGCGUCUAAUUCUGCGGACCCCACAGCGGCAAAGAGGCGGAUAUAUUCGGCUUUACACGAAGCAUCCUCCCCAUGCACGUUCCAUAUCCUUGUCUGAAUGCCGUGCUGUUAUUGCGGGCCUUUUAGUGUUUUAGUCCUGUCAUUAGGCCAUGGGAGGAGGGGGGAAUCCUGACAACUAACGGAGAGAAAAGGUUUGAGGUUUAAAGGUAUAAACUGAUUUAAGCGAUUUUGCGGAAUGAGUGGCCUUUGCGGAAACGCUGUGCACGCUAGCUAGGGCAGCUACGCUCAAGGAUAAUGUGAGGCUAGUGCGGCUCUUGGCUUGUGCACAGUCGAUGUGCGACCGGGACUCCGCACAUUAGGUUACCCUACUGAAUUCUGGCUUUGGAUCUCGGUUCAGACUCAUAAUCGAGCCCAUGUUCUGCAUCUGCAAGCCCAGAACUGCCUAUCACCUUUCCAGCUAAGGUGCUGCACGAUCAAAUCUCUCCGGGGAACUGAUAAAAAUGUCAACGAGAACACCUUUGCCUACAGUCAAUGAGCGAGAGACGGAAAAUAUCGCCAAUGCGAAGAUGAAGGGCACGCACUCAGUCAAGAGGCACCGCAUCACUAUACACACCUCACAUGGCGAUGGACGAACUGAGGUCGUAGCGUUCUCGGGCCGCUCCGGUGCUCGCAGCCGCAACUCCACCUCCUCGGCCGAUGAGCAGCCACACGUCGGCAACUAUCGACUGCUCAAGACCAUCGGCAAAGGCAAUUUUGCCAAGGUCAAGUUGGCGCGGCACAUACUCACUGGCAGAGAGGUUGCAAUCAAAAUCAUCGAUAAGACGCAGCUGAAUCCCACCAGCCUUCAGAAGCUUUUCAGGGAAGUGCGCAUAAUGAAGAUUUUAAAUCAUCCAAAUAUCGUUAAGCUGUUCGAGGUCAUAGAGACAGAAAAGACGCUGUACCUGGUGAUGGAAUACGCCAGUGGAGGCGAGGUCUUCGACUACCUUGUCGCACACGGGAGGCUGAAGGAAAAGGAGGCCAGAGCUAAAUUUAGACAGAUAGUGUCUGCAGUGCAGUAUUGCCACCAGAAGCACAUCGUGCAUAGGGACUUGAAGGCUGAGAACCUGCUGCUGGAUGGGGACAUGAACAUCAAAAUCGCCGACUUCGGCUUCAGCAAUGAGUUCACGCUGGGCAGCAAGCUGGACACCUUCUGCGGCAGCCCCCCCUAUGCCGCCCCUGAGCUUUUCCAGGGCAAGAAGUAUGACGGGCCCGAGGUGGAUGUCUGGAGCCUGGGGGUCAUCCUCUACACGCUGGUCAGCGGCUCACUGCCCUUUGAUGGCCAGAACCUCAAGGAGCUGCGUGAGCGUGUGCUGAGGGGAAAGUACAGGAUUCCUUUCUACAUGUCCACGGACUGUGAGAACCUGCUAAAACGCUUUCUGGUGCUAAACCCUGUCAAGAGAGGCACGCUCGAGCAAAUCAUGAAGGACCGGUGGAUCAAUGCCGGCUUUGAGGAGGAUGAACUGAAGCCAUUCAUGGAGCCAGAGCUGGACAUCUCUGACCAGAAGAGGAUAGACAUCAUGGUGGGGCUGGGCUACACCCGCGAGGAGAUCCAUGACUCGCUGGCACGUAUGGUCUAUGAUGAGAUCACUGCCACCUACCUGCUGCUGGGGAGAAAGUCUUCAGAGCCGGAUGCCGCAGACUCUGGCACCAACAGCCACCUCUCAGUCCCCAAACCCAGACCCAACAGUGAGAUCAACGGCGGCCAGUCCCCCUCUCACCUGAAGGUGCAGAGAAGUACCUCCAGCCAGAAGCAGAGACGCUACAGUGACCAGGGUGAGAUGGCUGGCCCCCCUGUCACCUCGGCAGUAGGCUACACCAAGCGGAGCCCCACGAGCCCAGCUGAGAGUGACCUCAAAGAGGAUGGUGUGCCGCAGCCACGGAAGUCCAGCACGGCCGGAGGGCGUGGCCUGGCCCCCCCGAGCCCCAUGCUGGGCAAUGCUACCAACCCCAACAAGGCCGACAUUCCAGACCGCAAGAAGGGCUCCACUGCUCCCAGUGGUAAUGCCGUAUCUGCCGGGAUGACGAGGCGGAACACGUAUGUGUGCAGUGAGAGGACACCUGCUGACAGGCACACCGUCAUUCAGAACGGCAAAGAGAACAGUGCCGUGGUACCAGCCAGCCAGCGGACAACAGUGGCCUCCACAAACAGCAUCAGUGGCACCACGCCCCCGGACCGGCUACGCUUCCCACGGGGCACAGCCAGCAGGAGCACCUUCCACGGCGGGCAGCUGCGGGAACGCCGCACUGCCACCUACAACGGCCCCCCGGUAUCGCCCACACUGUCGCACGAUGCCGCACCGCUCUCGCAGUCACGCAGCCGUGGCUCCUCCAACCUCUUCACCAAGCUCACUUCCAAGCUUACCCGCAGGGUCACUAUUGACCCAUCCAAACGGCAGACCUCCAACAAAUCAGGGCCUACCUGCCCCCCCGGCCCGGGAACCAAGACCCUUAAAUUCAUCUCUUGCAGAUUCACGAGCAGAAGAUAUAGAAAGUUGUAGAAAAUCGGAGAUGGAAAACUAGAGUAAGGGAACCCAUUCUUGCACCAGCGCCGACGACAUCCGUUGAAUUUUGGCUGGGGUUGUGUUUCCAGCCCCCCCAGAUAGAUGUCAGGCACACAUCUAUGGCCUCUAUGACAUCUGCAUGAACCCCUACCGUCACAGACCAAGGCCCACUGUCAGAGCCCUGGCACCUCUCGGUCACAUGGCCUUGUUAGCGGGCCUGAAGUCCGGUUCUGUCAAACAUAGAACCACAUACUAGGCAAGUGCACCAAGAACACAGUGCAGUGCACUAUAGCUGAAUGGGCCCCCCUCCCCCUGUGACUGGCAGACUCCGCCAAGUGGCUGAACGGAAGUCACACAUCUGGUAAUUUUUAGGUGGGAUGGCUAUGGAUGAUGUUGGGAUUUGUUCUCCAUGAAGAGGCCCUUUUUUUUCUGCAUGCUUCCUCUAUACAGACGACAUGUCCCAAGUCAACACGUCACCUUCUUUGCCCUCUGUGACUGGCCGUGUGCUCCACCGGGUACUUUUUAUUGUCACAAACGGUCACAUGAUCCGCUAAGGGAUGGAUUCAUCUUCCGGGGUCAUCAUGCCACGGAGGUGCUGCUUUGAGUCUCUCCAGUGAAUCCUUUCAGUGUCCCUGGCAUGCCUGCUCACGCUCUGGCCAGGUGGCCCUGCUGAUGGUGCUGGAGAUCCCUCUGGCUCAUACGGAGCCAGUGGAUAACAUGGGUUUUGUUAAUGUGGCCAAGCUGCAUACCCAGAUCCCUUCCUGGCACCUGGCAUGCAUCGCAAAACCUUCUGGGAAAUGUAGUCAAUGCAUGUAUGUGAUAUAGUUUUGGUUCCCACCAAUUCUGGUGUCCACUUUCUCCCAAACAUGGUCAGGCUCUUCCUUACUGGUGCCUCGGCCAUAGCUUUAAUGUGGACAUGUCUCCACCCCGACCCCCACCUCGACACUCCACAGACUGCAUGAGAUGCAUACAGAGUUGCUACUGAAGGUUUUGCAUGAAUAUCAAGUUAUGUCACGUGUGUGGUGUGGGUGAGUUUGCGUACAUAUUUCUCUUUCUGUGCGUGCAAGUGCGUUCAUUUACAUGUAUCACGUGUAUGUAUAUGUGUGCUGGUGAGAUGGCUGUUUUCUGUACACACAUUGUUCUUAUGCUGUUUCUCUUCAGUUAAAGAAGCAAGAAAGAGUGGUGGCCAGCUAUGCUGACCAGUGCAAUCAUGGUGCCCAGUACAGCCUUUUUGAAUCUGCCAUGUGCCAGACAAUGCCAUGUGGAGGCAUUACAGGUCAGAUGAGGGAGGGGCCUUAUUCCCCAUCACUCAGAAACCUGUUACUUCCUGCAUAAUUUGAGGCACCAAAUUUAGGCCCCCAUGAUGUGGACAUGAGCAGCCUUGGGGGACAGACUGGCUGGUAGCUUUCUUGGUUUUCUAACUCUGUAAACUGCCUGUCUGCUUCUUCUCUCUACUGUUGAAAUGUCUUCUGCCUUUACUGUAAUUUAAGCUUUUGUGUUCUCUCUCUCUCUCUCUCUCUCUCUCUCUCUCUCUCUCUCUCUCUCUCCCUUCCUCCCUCUCUCCCUCCCUCCCUCCCUCCUCCUGGGCUCUGUCAUCCCC